AUGGCCGAAACAGAAGAGGAGAUGAGCACCUUGCACAAGAACAGGUGUAAAGCACCUCAGAAGCCACGUUCGGCAGUUGACGUCCAAGUGAGGAAGAAGGCAAAGAUUGACAAACAGGCGAGGAGUCACGCAAAAAGGUCAGCAGAAGCACACAUGCUUUGUUCUGCUGGUUUGGAGAACAGGCCCUCAAAGCAGAAUAAAGUUCAAGAACUGGAAAAGGAAGUUCAACGCUUGCAGGGAGAAGUCGCCACAUUGACUGAUCUCAACAGGAAACUACAAAAGGCACUCUGCUCAAAGAUAUUUGAAGCUGAAGCAGUGGAGAACUCGAAGAAGGGCUGUGUCAGCCCUGCACGGUUGCAACCAUACACGACAACCCCACAUCCUGUGGCACAGACAGUGUCCCCUCCAUGUGAACAAGCGUGCCGGACAGCAGUGGUACAGUCUGCCCCGAUAUCCCUCGUAGGAGCUUCAAAUGCAAUGACUGUGCCAGACGCUAGUCAUGACAGGCACAACGCGACCGCGACGCUGCCAGCCCCAGCUUCCAGUUCCAACAGCAGCCCAGCUGUGAUAACUAUGGAUGGGGUGAGCCAGAGUGUACGCAGUGCAACCGAGGUGCAACCGGCCCCAGCUCCGCAUGUUAUUAGUGUCCCCUCCGUGACAACUGGUGCGCGUGAUCAACAGACAAGCAUCCGUCCCACCAAAGGUCUUUUCGUCCCUCAGGAGCGAUUUCAGCCGACAACCACAGAGGAUGGCCUGGUACAACUUGGCGAGGGCAUCUUUGUGAGCUCCGACACAUGGACACACCUGAUGCAGCAGCCAGCAGACGCUGCGUUUUGCAAGCGUCUCGCUGUUGCACUGUGGGGAAACGAGACACUUGCACAACGCAGUGUCACAGGGAAGCAAUCCAAUAAAGAUGUUUCGAAAGGAAAGACAGCAGUCUACCCACAAUUGUCACCACUAAAGGUGACCUGCAUGUCAUCUGCCUUAUCGCAUCACCUGCUGUCAAAGGGGUGCAGCACAGAAGAAGCACCAAAGCGGCACAAACAACUGUCAGCACGAGCAGGGCAGAGACAGGGCUCGUCGUUGUCAGCAGGUGCCGCUACAAGGGUCCCCCGCUUAGACAGGAGGUUGACAAAGGCAAGGCCGGAAGACGUGGCGGAAGUCGGGAAGGCCGCGGACGGCUGGGUCGUCACCGCAGAUUCCCGGAUGGGUACGAAGCGGGAAAGGUGUGAAUUUGCGAGGAGUCUGGAGCCCAAUGGACGCACCGCGGAGCUGUCAGGGCAGCUUGCGGGGGUAAAGGGCGAGGGGACAGGAGCCCAGGGGUCGGUGCUGGAGAAGUGUCCAGGAAUGCCGGCUUGA